AUGACGGACCGAGUCCCCGCCGAAGCGGUGGCCGAUCCCUCCAACGGGUCGGCCGUGCCAUCCCCCCGAUCCAGCACCGACUCUCGCUCCUCCUCCGUGCGCAGCCAACCCUUGCGACUCUCCCAUGGCGCAUCAAAUCACCAACACCGUCACAGUCUGAGCGAGACUCUCCGCGGGGCUCCCCCGGGGUCCCCGCGCUCGCGACGACAGCCGUCGCUGAACCAGUCGGCCAUCCAAAGUUUGAUAGACAACCCCCCGGCCCCGAACCACGCCAACCCCGCAUUCGCCGGCCGAGACUGGCGGGGGAUCUCCAUCGGGGAGCUCGUCAGUCCGGAGGAUUUGAAAUUCGUCGAGAUCGGCACGGGAAUUGAAGAAGCGACCAACGUCUUGAUCGACACGGGGGCUCCGGUGCUCCUGAUCCGUGAGGAUUCCCAGCAGAAGUCGGCCGUGGGCACGUUUGAUUACUCCGAUUUGAAUGCGUACCUCCUUCUUGCGGCGGGCCUGGCGCGCCCGGACGAUGAGAUGCUCGCAUCCUACGAAGAACUGGCCCGCAAGGCCCGCGAGGGGCUUCCCAUCCCGCUGCGGGAUGUCAAGGAUCUGGGUCGGAAGGAGCCGAUGACGACGCUGCCGGCUUCGGCUAGCGUGAUGACGGCGGUCGAGACGUUUGGUGGAGGCGUCCAUCGCGUUGUAGUGGUGGAUGACCAUGAUGGGAAUGAAGUGCUGGGGAUCUUCAGCCAGUUCCGACUGGUCAAAUUCUUGUGGGAGAAUGGGCGCAGCUUCCCGGUGCUUGAUCAGCUGUAUCCGCAGGCGCUGUGGGAGCUGAGGAUCGGAUCUCGCGAUGUAGUGUCCAUCAACGGAGACAAACCUCUCAGCGAGGCGCUCGGAAUCAUGAACGACGAGGGAAUCUCGUCCAUCGCCGUAGUGGACAAUCAGUUCAAUGUGGUGGGCAAUAUCUCUACGACGGAUGUGAAGCUUCUUACGCGAUCCUCAUCGCUACCCUUGUUGCACAACACCUGCGCGCAUUUCAUCUCGGUGAUUCUGUCCACGCGUGGCUUGAUUGACGGCCAGGAUUCAUUCCCUGUCUUCCAUGUGAAUCCUGGAUCGACUUUAGCGCACACCGUUGCCAAGGUGGUGGCCACAAGAUCUCACCGGUUGUGGGUGACCGACCCCUUGUCUCCUUCAUCCUCGGGGCCUUCGACGCCCUCGCACUCUUCGGUACACAUUCCCCUACCCCCCAGUAUAGCGCAGACGCAACCUCCGCCGUCACCCUCGACAGCCAACGCCGCACCGCUGCCUCCGGCGUUCAGCAGUCAGACGCAGCCCUACUCGACCGUGCCGCACACGCCCUCGGCCGGCAUGGGGCCGUCGAUCCCGGUGUCAGCGCUCCCGGGCGCGCGGCUGUCGGGGCGGCUGGUGGGCGUGGUCAGUCUGACAGACAUCUUGAAUCUGCACGCGCGGGCCAGUGGCUUAAGCCCGGCGGAUCCCGCCGAGAGUCGCAGUCGACGCCGACGCAGCAGCAGCUCCAGCGUCAGCGUGCGGCGCAGCGGGGAGAUUGGCCGGGAAUUAUUCGGUCGAUAGACAUGCUCCUUUCUUUG